GUUUUACUGCUGUGAACAAGCAACUCAACGGACAAAAUGAAACUCUUCCUGGUCGCCUUCGCCGUGAUCGCAGCUGUGGCUGCCGAUGUCAGCCACCUGCCCUCCAACGAGUACCUGCCCCCCGUCCAGGAGCAGCAGAUCAUCGCCAGCCCCAGCAACGAGUACCUGCCCCCCGUCGUCCAGGAGGUGGAGGCUGCCCCCGCCCAUGAGCUGGCCGAUGAUGGCUACCGCUACAAGACCCACCGUCGCGUGGUGCUCCGUCGCCACCGUCGUGAUGUGAACGAGCUGUCCAACGAGUACCUGCCCCCAGUUGCUCCAUCCAACGAGUACUUGGCUCCCGUUGAGGCUGCUCCCGAGACCAUCUUGGCCGAUGAUGGCUACCGUUACAAGACCAACAAGCGUGUGGUUGUCCGCCGUCACCGUCGUGAUGUGAACGAGCUGUCCAACGAGUACCUGCCCCCCGUCCAGGAGGCCGUUGCUCCUUCCAACGAGUACCUGGCUCCCGUCGAGGCUCCCGAGACCGUCUUGGCCGAUGAUGGCUACCGUUACAAGACCAACAAGCGUGUGGUUGUCCGCCGUCACCGUCGUGAUGUGAACGAGCUGUCCAACGAGUACCUGCCCCCUGUCCAGGCUGCCGCUCCUUCCAACGAGUACCUGCCCCCAGUGGCGGUUGAGGCUGCUCCCGAGACCGUUCUCGCUGAUGAUGGCUACCGUUACAAGACCCACCGUCGUGUGGUGCUCCGUCGUCACCGUCGUGAUGUGAACGAGCUACCCUCCAACGAGUACCUGCCCCCAGUUGCUGCUCCUUCCAACGAGUACUUGGCUCCCGUUGAGGCUGCCCCCGAGACCAUCUUGGCCGAUGAUGGCUACCGUUACAAGACCAACAAGCGCGUGGUUCUCCGCCGUCACCGUCGUGAUGUGAGCCACCUGCCCUCCAACGAGUACUUGCCCCCUGUCCAGGCUGCCGCUCCCUCCAACGAGUACCUGCCCCCAGUGUCUGCCCCCGUCCAGGUUGCUGCCCCAGCUCCCGCUCCCGUCCAGAUCGCCGCCCCCGUCCAGCUGGCUGCCCCCGCUCCCGUCGAGAUUGAGGCCCAGCCCGCCCAUGAGCUGGCCGAUGAUGGCUACCGUUACAAGACCCACCGUCGCGUGGUCUACCGUCGCCACCGUCGUGAUGUGAACGAGCUGCCCUCCAACGAGUACCUGCCCCCAGUUGCUGCUCCUUCCAACGAGUACUUGGCUCCCGUGGAGGCUGCCUCCGAGACCAUCCUGGCUGAUGAUGGCUACCGUUACAAGACCCACAAGCGUGUGGUGCUCCGCCGUCACCGUCGUGACGUCAACGAGCUGUCCAACGAGUACCUGCCCCCCGUCCAGGAGGCCGUUGCUCCUUCCAACGAGUACCUGGCUCCCGUCGAGGCUCCCGAGACCGUCUUGGCCGAUGAUGGCUACCGUUACAAGACCCACCGUCGCGUGGUUGUCCGUCGCCACCGUCGUGAUGUGAACGAGCUGUCCAACGAGUACCUGCCCCCCGUCCAGGAGGCUGUUGCUCCAUCCAACGAGUACUUGGCCCCCGUGGAGAACACCGUCGAGGUGGCUCCCGCCCAUGUCCUGGCUGACGAUGGCUACCGCUACAAGACCCACAAGCGCGUUGUGAUCCGCCGCCACUAAAUAGAUGCGAUAACGGCUUCACUAGGUAAUCGAAUUGCGCUCAUUUUGGAGUGCAGACCCUACUAUUAGAAUACCUCCUGUUCAUUCAAACAAAUACAAUAAUACGAUAACGAAUCCAUAAA